AUGUCGAAAUCACCAACGGACUCAUCCGACCGGAUCCCCACCUAUGAAGAGUCCAUCGCUGGCUCUUACUCUCACACUCGACCACCACUUCCUCCCCAUACUUCCUCAUCGUCAUCGCGGGAGAAAUUCAGCUCCGCUCCAUCCUCCAUGACCUCGAGGAUCCGACAAGAACGGUCACGACGGAUCCAGCAUCUCGUCACCGACACUAUCAUCCCAUGCUUCAGCACGCAUCUAUCCCAUGUAUGCACCAAGCUGACCCUGGUCGUGGUUCCCUCAGACUCCCUAGAGAGUUGUUCGGCUCCAGUAAGCGCACAAAAUGUCGUGACACCCACAAUUCAGCCGCAUGAAACCUCCGCGACCGUCCUGUCUCUUUCCGGACCAGAGAAUUCUGCUUCGUUCUGGACGCAACAAGCUGUCGUGACCGAACUCGACGGCGUAUUGCAGAGGGAACUCGCUGGGUCUGCAGAUACAGAGCCAUACCCGGGUGGAACCGUGGUCGAUACCCAAGGUACGACCACUGUUCAACCUCGACCUCGGUCGUCAGAAUCAGCACCCCUCCCUCCCCGGUCGCCUAAGAAAUCCUGGCUGAAACGCACUUUCGUCCUGCCAGGCCCAGACCACGAUCCGACAGGCGACACAGGAAAAUGGGAUCUAGGCUGGCGAAGUGUUGAACCGUCAUCUGAGCCCGAAACUCAAGCCAGGACGAGGACCAGGACGAGAACGCUCAAGGCCGGCGAUGUCGCAGUGCACGCGAGAUGGCAGGACGUGAGUUUCCGGACGGAGAGCCAAAUGGGUCUGUUAGAGACGAGUACGGUGAAGUGUAUUUGGGUGGAAAUUGAGAUUGGAGUUUGA